AUGAGAUUUGCUUCUUCUUUUUUUUUUUUUUUUGGUUGUUACCGUUUUUUUUUUAUUCUGUUCGUUUUUCGUUUCCGUCUUUUUCUUCUCCCUCUCCCUAUAUCCACUCUUUCUUUCCUCCUGUUUCCUUCUAUUUUUUUUCUUUUUGCUUAUCUCAUCAUUUCCGCCUCAGCGCCUCCACCUUCAUCGCCUUCACCUCCUCCUCUUUCUUUUCCAUUCUCAUGUGUUUUCGUCUAUUCUUUCCCUUUAGUUUUUAUUCCUAUUUUGAAUUUGGUUUCCUUCCACGGACAUUUUCCACCCCUUGCUUUUCCUCUAUCUCAAUCAUUCUCCUUUAUUUUUAUCCCUUCAUUUUUCUUCAGGCUGUUUCUCUUUUUACUUUGUUCCUCUCUUUCUUUUUCCUUUUUACCUUACCCUCUCUUUCUUAACACCCUCCGCUACCAUCCCUCCUCCGUCAAUUUUGUCUUCAUAUCUUUCUUUUCUCUUAAUAUAUUCUUAUUUUUUAUUUAUCUUUUCUCUUCUUCUUUUCUGCUUUUCUUCUUCCUCUUUUCGCUUCCUAUUUAUGAUUCUCUACUUCUUCUUCUUCUUCUUCUUCUUCUUCUUCUUCUUCUUCUUCUUCUCUUUUUUAUUCUUCUCUUUUUUCUUCCUCUCCUUCUUUACUGA